AGCGGCUACACUACGCCACGCGUUAAAGCCGCCCAAUUGAAAGGAAGAAUCACAUGCGAUUCUUCAAACGCACUAAGAGCUAAGGCAUUAGGGCAGGCCUUAGCAAAAGUUUGGAUUACCUAAGCUUGGAAAGCCUUUGCAGCCGUCACAAUAUACUCAGAACCCAUGGCGGAUCAAUCGCCUGCCGACCAGACCGCACCGUCCACCGCCAUGCAAUCCCUCUCUAUCAACUCCCAACCUUGCUCAUCCUCUUCUUCAACUCCACAGUUGAGUGUAGAAGAGAGGUUUAGGAUUAUAAGAAGUGUUGGAGAAGAAUGUAUUCAAGAGGAUGAGCUGUUGAACCUUCUCACCCACAAGCCUGAACCCAUUUGCUAUGAUGGCUUCGAGCCUUCUGGAAGAAUGCACAUUGCUCAGGGAGUUAUGAAGGCGAUAAACGUUAACAAGCUGACCUCUGCUGGGUGUAGAGUAAAAAUCUGGAUUGCAGAUUGGUUUGCACAGCUAAACAAUAAAAUGGAUGGUGACUUGAAGAAAAUCAAAAUAGUUGGACAAUAUUUGAUUGAAAUCUGGAAGGCAGUUGGCAUGGAUCUAAGUGGAAAGGUUGAAUUCUUGUGGUCUUCAGAUGAAAUUAACUCCAAUGCAGCAGAGUACUGGCCACUUGUGAUGGAUAUAGCCCGCAGAAACAAGCUUCCCAGGAUAAUGAGGUGUUGUCAAAUUAUGGGCCGUAGCGAGCAAGAUGAGUUGUCAGCCGCCCAAAUUCUUUACCCAUGCAUGCAGUGUGCUGACAUAUUUUUCCUCAAGGCAGACAUUUGCCAGUUGGGCAUGGAUCAACGGAAAGUCAAUGUACUUGCAAGAGAGUACUGUGAUGACAUAAAGAGGAAAAGCAAACCAAUUAUUUUGUCUCAUCAUAUGCUACCUGGUCUGCAGCAGGGACAGGAGAAAAUGUCCAAGAGUGAUCCAUCAUCAUCGAUCUUCAUGGAGGAUGAGGAGGCAGAAGUGAAUGUGAAAAUAAAGAAGGCAUACUGCCCCCCUAAAAUUGUUGAGGGGAAUCCAUGUUUGGAAUACAUCAAGUACAUCAUCUUCCCAUGGUUUAAUGAGUUUAGGGUGGAGCGCAAUGCAGAAAAUGGUGGUGACAAGACUUUUAAAAAUUUUGAGGAGCUUGUUUCUGACUAUGAAAGUGGGGAGUUGCAUCCUGGUGAUUUGAAGCCUGCUCUUUCGAAAGCUUUAAACAAGAUACUACAGCCUGUGCGCAAUCACUUUAACAAUGACGCUAAGGCCAAGGAUUUGCUGAAACGGGUUAAGAGCUACCGCAUCACCAAGUGAUCACAAGGAGAACGAUAACCUUGUGCUCAGUAGGAUUAAUUAACAUUUUGCUUUGUUUUGUUUUCAUUCAAAUGAAACGUUGCCGCCUUGUUAUAUACUUGUUAAGAUAGCCAACAACCUAAGGUUUGAUUUGGGUAUUACUACCCUUUAUAUUCUCUAUCACUAACAUGAAAGUUGGCUAUAAAGUAACUGUGCUCAAAUUGAAGAAUCAAGUUUGAGACUUAUUUUGAGCA